ACAUUGUUCUGACACUUCAGUCGGUGCCCACAAUACUAUUGCACCUGUUGCUUGCUAAAAACGAUAAGAGAAUAUGUGACCAGGAGGCAAAACAAUGGGGUUCAAAGUUAAGUUAGUUUUAGUGGCUAUUCUAACUUUAAGUGUUAGUGUUAAAGGACAAGACGUUGUUGAAACAGAGAACAUAAGAACUGUGAGUGAUGUAGAUAAUAAGUUAGAUGAUGCAGCUGAAAUAAUUCCUGAUGCCAUAGAAGAUGCUAUUUUACCAGAAAGUGAACCAACUGUUCCGCCAGUAGAUGCGUUGCCUGAUUUGGUUCCUAAUUUAGAAGUGAGGAGUGGGAGGUACCAGUUGCUAGAGGACACGAUAAAUGGGGCAGCCUUGGAGCCGAUCGCUGGAGCAGUUGAUGCGAACAACGGUGAAAGCGAAAGGCAGCUUCUGUUAGACCCAACAUCCACCGCUACCACUAACAAUGAAUACGCACACAUCGACGGCAGGGUUCUCCCUGCGACCACCUACCAGAACAAUGGGAAUGAGUACGUCAUCACGAACGCUAGGCUCACGCAGAUUCGGUCCAACUUCAUGUACUGGUUCUACGACCAGGGCGGCACCGACAACUUGGGAGACUACCAGAGAGACAUCCACACCUCCACGCCGCAGAUCCACAAGAAUUUCAACUUUCAACUACCCUUCUUUGGUUUCAGAUUCAACUACACUCGGAUCUCCAUGAACGGCUACAUAUACUUCAGUGACCCUCCGGAUCACUACACCUAUCCCCUAUCGUUCCCUGUCCGAGACUGGCCGAACGUAAACGAUCCGUCUUUCAUCGGGAUCUUCUUCAGCAAGUGCCGUAUUGGUAGCAUGCGCCCGGAGGACCCGGAUCAAAGACGCCCGGGUAUUUAUUUCAGGAUGGACAGAGAUUUACAGACGCGAAGGGAUCAGCUGGGUGUUGAGAUGCGUGAACGUUUGACCUGGGACAUUAGAACAGGCGUCAUAGGUUCCGAAUCCUUCUUCCCGAAGCACGCAAUUACCAUCACUUGGAAGAACAUGUCCUUCUCUGGAGGCAUUGACAACUCGCUUUUUGUGACCAACACAUUCCAAAUGGUGUUGGCUACGGACGAAGUGUUCACUUAUGCGAUAUUCAACUAUCUGGAGAUCAAUUGGAGUUCACACACAGAAGCUGGUGGCGACACUACUACUGGAGAAGGAGGUGUUCCUGCUUACAUUGGUUUCAACGCUGGUAACGGUACUCAGAGUUACGAAUACAAACCUUACUCUCAAGCGUCAGUGUUACGAGAUCUGACUGGAAGAGGUUGGGCUAACGGAUUCCCGGGUCGACAUAUAUUCAGGAUUGAUGAGAAGAUAUUGAUGGGCACGUGUAAUAAAGAUAUUGAUGGCGCAAAUCUUCCUCUGAUGUUUGCCCCUGAGAGUGGUAACAUGUUAGGAGGGACUAUCGUCAACAUCACCGGACCUUGCUUUGACCUCAGCGACAGGAUCACCUGUCGUUUCGACACGGAAUCGGUCAUCGGAGCCGUGGUCGAUGUGAACAGAGCCAUCUGUGUCCAACCCCGAUUCUAUCAUAACGGUUACGCUAGGUUUGAGGUGGCCAUCAACAAUGAACCUUUCAAGUGGAAAGGGAAAUUCUUUGUUGAAACACCUGCCACCGCUACAGAAAAGAUCUUUUUCCCCGGCGAUGCGAUUCACACACAGUAUCCAGCAGAGAUCAAAAUUACAUGGAACCAUGCUAACUUGACCACUAACCAGAAUGCCCAACUUCGAAUCAGUUUGUGGGGCUACAAAGAAGUGACGAUUAGACCACAACUAGAGUAUAUCGAUAUGAUUGAAACUGGAGUGGCUAAUACCGGAGAAUAUGUAAUCAAUCCACAGAACUUCAGAAAUAGGGAAAACCUCAUGCACAAUGACAUGCAAUUUGGAUUCCUUCAAAUUAAUCUGACUACACCUGAGGAGUAUCAGGGCGUUAAUAUAAAUCCGGUUCUUUGGAGUCGACCUAUUCCCCUCGGCUGGUACUUCGCUCCGCAAUGGGAACGACUGCACGGCAGACGCUGGCCACAGACUAUGUGCAACAACUGGCUGAGAACGGACAGAUUCUUAAAGAACUUCGCAUCACAAAUCCCCAUAUGUCCCUGUACUCUUGAGCAUGCGCUGUUGGACAAGGGUCGGUUCCUGCCAGAUCCAGCGUGUGACAAAGACACAAACCCGACUUGUAGAUACCACUGGGGAAGUGUUCAUUGUGUACGCAGUAGUGGACCAAGCGCGGAGGGUUCAGGACAGCAGUGCUGUUACGAUAAGAAUGGCUUCCUCAUGAUGUCUUACGAUCAGAUGUGGGGAUCCAGACCCCACCGUUCACAUGAUUUCGGAUUCACUCCCUAUAAUGAAGCUAACAAGGUUCCAUCGCUGUCGAAUUGGUUCCACGACAUGAUUCCAUUCUAUCAGUGCUGUUCGUGGCAAGAGGAGCAAGCCGUCGGGUGUGAGACGUUCAGAUUCGAGCGUCGUCCGUCGCAGGAUUGUGUCGCGUACCAGUCGCCAGGAGUUGCCGGUAUUUUCGGAGACCCUCACAUCGUCACAUUCGAUGACUUACAAUACACUUUCAACGGAAAAGGUGAAUACGUCUUGGUGAGAGUAGACCAUCCACAACUGAAACUGGACGUCCAGGGUCGCUUUGAGCAAGUUCCCAGGAACAUCUAUGGUCCUGUCAACGCUACACACAUUACUUCCGUGGUUGCUGCCUCCAACAACUCAGUUCCUAUUGAGGUCCGCUUGAGACCACAGCAUGCGCAGUGGCGAUACAGACUGGACGUGUUUGCUGACAACAAGAGGAUCUACUUCGACCGGCCAGCGCUUCGAGUGCAGUACUUCCCAGGUGUGACGGUGUACCAGCCUUUGUAUGUGCUGAACCAGUCGGAGAUCGUGAUUAUGUUCUCAUCUGGCGCGGGCGUGGAGGUGGUCGAGAACAAGGGCUUCAUGUCGGCAAGGGUCUACCUGCCUUGGAAUUAUAUGAAUCAAACUCGUGGUCUGUUCGGAAACUGGUCGCUGGACAUGAACGAUGACUUCACGAGACCUGAUGGCACGAAGGCCGCCGUCGACCUCAAUAACUUCCAGUCUGCUCAUAGGGAUUUUGCUCAGUAUUGGCAACUAACAGAUCGAGAGCAAAAGGACAUAGGUGUGGCGCUAUUCACACGAGAAUAUGGUCGAUCAGCAGCUUAUUACAACGACAACCAAUUUAUACCGAACUACAUUCGAGAACCUACCGACUUCUUGCCAGUCAAUCGCUCGCACGACGUCAAUAGAGCAUUGGAGUUAUGUCAAGAUUCAUACCAGUGCCGAUACGACUACGGAAUGACACUCAAUAGGGAUAUGGCCGAAUUCACGAAGAAUUAUUUGUCUUCAAUUACUAACAUCAAGGAGCAGAACGCGAGGCGGGUGAUCAGUUGUGGUGUGCUUGAGACUCCGAGGUUCGGUCGCAAGAGCAACUUCUUCUUCACCCCGGGCACUAGAGUCAACUUCGAAUGUAACCAAGACUUCAUUCUGACCGGUGACAAGAGACGGACCUGUGAGGACAACGGCAGAUGGAAUCUACCAGACUAUGGCUACACCGAGUGCUUACGUAAUCAAGAAUAUUCGCAACGUGCACUUUUCCUAACUUGGGGCGUCAUAGUCGCAGUUAUUCUACCAUUAGGACUCUUGAUCUGCCUGCUUUGGUUCUGGUGCUGGUUCAAGCCGAGGUCCGAAGGCAAAGAAGGAUUCCAUAUCAGCGAUAUACCGCGGUCUAAAUCAGCUUCUAGACUUAAUCUUAGAUCAGCCUCAAUGGGAAAUAUAACUGACCCUAUGAACUCGUCCACGCUACGUAGUACUUCAGAUAUAAAACCUAAAAUACCUGACACUCCCACCGAUACUACUCCCAAACCUCAGCUAGCCAUAUCUAGAUCCGCCCCGGCUCCCCCUGUGGACCCUCAAGACGGUGACAGUUCAGGGCUGGGCUAUACAGAUUCCAAUAGGAGCGACUCUGGAAAGUCUUCAUUGGGGAAAAAACGAAGAGCUUACGACAAAACUUACAGAACCAAGGAACCUUUACGGAAUGCUCCUAACUCAGAAUUUCCUGAAAAACCUUUUGAUUUGUCUGAGGAAGAUCUUUUGUCUCUAACCACACCUUCUGAUACAGAGUCUAACCAGGGCUCAACCCUGACCCGUCCCGCUAAGGACAUUGAAUAUAUAAGCAAACCUCGUCAGACCGGCCGUAGAGCCUUGCCACCGAGUGAUUCUGGUUAUUCAACCAAGGGGUCAGAGGAUCCGUAUGUUUCUAAAUAUGAUGGGCAGUAUAGUCCAGUGCCCUCGGCUCAUUCUCCCACCUAUUCCGAAAUUUAUUCUCCUCCGCUCAGCCCGAUUUCUGACAUUAGUCCGAGAAGCACCUACAACAGCCCUGGCCUCCCUGAUCCACCAAAGAGUGCUCCUGCUGACUCCAAAAAGAAAUUUACGAUACCUCGAGGCAAGCAGGAGUACUCCGCUCGGACCCUGGGGGCCACAUGGGGCAUCAUCAGCGCGGUGAUGGUCCCGAUCGUUGUCUUCCUCAUCUGCGUCGGCUGGAGGAUCCUCAAGCGGAAGAAAGCUGAGGAGAAGGAAUUUGACGAGCUGAUGACUGUCAAACAAAUCGAUCCGGACGAAUCAAUGCGAAUAAACUCUGAUGAAGACAGUCUCCCUUACAAGAAGGAUAUUCCAGAGGACAGCCCAGAACCUGAGCUGGCAGAUCCUGUAAGGGUGAUGGAUGAUGUGGGGAUUCCCUACGAUGCGAGUUACGACCCCCCGCCGCCGCCGCCGGCGCCACCUGUGCAGGAUCAGGCGCGAGCGAGGCAGUGGACGGAAGAAACGGAAAUUAAUUAAUACCAGAUAGUUACCGAAUAGACAUAAUUUGAAAGUUUUUGUUACGUAAAGGACAAUGCUCAUGUGUUAAAAAUCAAAUCAAAUCCAAUCCAAUAAAAUGUUAUAGUUACCUCGAAUUUUGGAAGAAAUCGGUAAAUUAAUUAAGCAACAUGAGCGAUGGCUUACAUACUAAGCUAGGGCAUUGUAAUGCUAAUCUUCAGUAGGGAAAAAAUUUAAUUUGUAUUGUAAGUAAUUCUAUAAAAGUGUAGUUACGGUUUAGAAAUAUAGGUAUAUUUUUUUCUAUUUAUGUAACUACAUACCUAUUUGAAUUAAUUUUCACCGUUAGUUAUUAGACAAAAAAAUAUUUUUUGAGCAAUGUUCCGAUAACAUUUAAAUUUUUUGCAUUUUUUCCGAAUUGCCACUCUAGCUAUUGACUUUUAAAAUUGUAGAUUACAUUGCAGGAAAUAUUUUUCUUUACUUUUACUAAUUCAUAUACGUGAGUAAUUUAUAUUACCUAGAUGUUAAAUAACACUAUUAUAUU